UCUUAGCUCUUGAACUCUAUGUCUUCAGAUAUUACAGAAAACUUUAUUUUUUGCCCUACUGCUAAAAAUUUAUGGGAUGAGGUUACCCACAGAUAUGGUCAAACCAAUGGUCCUUUGGAAUUUCAGAUUCUUAGGGAUUUAGCUAAUGUCACCCAAGGCACAAAAUCUAUUAAUGAAUGUUACACAUGUUUGAAAAGAAAAUGGGAUGAACUUUCAACCACUAGAGUCCUACCUGUUUGCACUCGUGAUACUGCUUGUAGUUUUUCAGAUCUUGAUCAAAAGGACAAAUUGAUGCAAUUUUUGAUGGGUCUUAACGAUGAGUAUGACAAUACUAGGAACAACAUUCUCAUCAUGAAUCCUUUACCUCCCCUAAACCAAGCUUUCAGCAUGGCUUUAAGUGUUGAAAAACAGAGAGAGAUCCACCAUCACCCUAUUGAAUCAACUGAAUCCACUGCUAUCAUGCUUUCUCAAACUCGACCAUCCACAACCAACUCAUUUUACAGAGGCAAUCAAAGAGAGAACCAUUACCAUAACAAAUCUAAAGAUUCCAAAGAUGAUAGAUAUUGCACCUACUGUAAAAAUCCCAAUCACACCAAAGCAAAUUGUUUCAAAUUAAUUGGGUACCCUGAUUGGUUUCUUGAAAAGCGGAAGAACAAGCAACAAAAGGGAAACAACGCUGCUGUUCAUAACAUGGCUACAUCAGAGUCUCCUUUGGAUAUUUCUAUCUCAAGUCCAACUCAAGACACAAUCAGUACCCAUCUGAGCAAAUUUAUUCAGCAAGAAGUAAGCAGAGCUGUAAAGGGAAAAGCUUCAACCUCUGACUCUGGAUAUGCAGACUGAGACUAUUGUGGCUUCUGGUACAGUUGUGGCAGGAUUGUACUACCUCACCAAAGACUCCUUUUCUCUUCAAAGUCACAAUGCCAUCUACCUAGCAGAUUCUACACACCCAGUCAUCUUGCCUAUCUAUGGCACUCUAGA